AUGAAGAUCACCAUCCUCCUCCCUCUCACUGCCCUGCUUUCCUUUGCCGCAGCCGCAGAGUCCGGCUCGUGCCUGCAAAACUGUCUAACCAAGGCUGGUAGCGCAACCGGCUGCAAGGACACCUCGUGCGCGUGCUCCAAUGCGCAGUUCAAGGGUCAGGUGCAGAACUGCGUCUCCUCGUGCCCUGUCGGGGAUAAGGAUGGUGGGUGAAUAUUUUUCGAUUAUCAUUCUGAACUUUGGCUGACAACCUGAGCUCUUAGCUGCCAAGCAGCUGCAGCAGCAAUGCUAAGGGCCGGCGGUCUCGAUAUGAGACUCGUUGUGGACGGUAGAUUAUGGCAUGUAUAGGUUCGAGGUUUAGAUGGAGUAGCUGGACUAAACAUCUCAGCUGAAUUGAUCUCGUGAUAAUCCGCGAAAGAAACUGUAUCUACAUUUGGAAAGUAGGUAGAUCUAAAUUGUAA